UUAUUAGGAAGCAACAUUGUUUUUUGUAUACAGGCAUAUAAAACCUUUAGCCUUGUAAACGAUCACAAAACAUACUAUAAAUAUUGACCAUGCAGUUAGUAUCGUUCGCUUUUUGAAACAUAUAUUUUACUUUUAUUAUACCUGCUAUUCUUGUAUAGUGCCAAAAGUAUCUACAAACAAUGCUAAUCUUAACACUAAGUACAUUUUUCUUAUACGCUGGGACUUUGGCAUUUCCUCUCAAAGACUGUCAGUCGAGAAGUCAAGAUAUUCUGUUUAUAAUUGAUUGUCAAAGUGAGGUACAAGAACAGAUAGACUUUAUACAAACUACAACAUCUUUCCUUUCAAAAAGACAUCAGUUGAGACAAAAUCACUCUGUGAUGAUGUUUACAGCCCAUGGCGUAAUUGAGAUCAAUAAUUUCACAGAUAUUCAAGACAUGCAACUCUCGUGUGGUCAGUCGUUUCCUGUUGAUGACGUAUUUAACACCUCGGAAGUCUGGUUCACAUCCAGGAAUAGACCACUCGUGACAAUGAUUUUCAUCUCACACUCAAUGAUGUCACGUGAUAUUGAUGUCGAAAAAAUAGUUAAAAAACAAAAAAGAGAUAAAAAAGUUAACCGUUUUUUUCUGUUACCAGACAAGGAUGAGUUUUCUGAAGUAUCUGAUAUUAGAUUUUUUUACUUGUACAAAUCGUAUAGUAAAUUAAACAUUGUUGAUAUAUUCUCUAAACUUUGUCAACUAACGUGUAAAAAGUCCCCACAUACGUUUACUAUAGCAGGUUCAAUGACGUCAUAUUACCACAUAGCUGAUGUUUAUAAUAUGAGUCACGAUCAAAGUAAUGAGUAUUGUGCCAAGCAACAGACAAACAGUUAUUUAAUUUCAUUGGAGUCUCCCAAAGAAAUAAUUUUUAUAUUUAAUCUUUUAAAAAAUGCUGAAAUUAUAAAAGAUUUUAAAAACAAUUUUAGUUUACAUCUUGGAAUCACGCAUGACAUUUUAGGGUUAGAGUGGCAGUCAGAGUAUCCUUUUGUAUUCCCUAAAAAUAUAUCUACUACCUCAAUGAAAGAAAAAUGUUUUUUUUAUGCAUUACAUAUUAAUAAUACAAUGAAUUUAACAAACAAAAGUAUUGAUAAUUUAAAGGAAAAUAUGUUUGUAGAUAACUGCUCCAAAAUAGUAAUACCAUCAUUAGUUAUCUGUGAAUGUCAUGAAGUGCUAUCAAAUCCAGAAGUGACUCGUGAUUUAAUUACCGCAGCCUCUAGAAAUAAAAACAUUAUAGAACCUUUACAUUAUUUUCUUUCCUUAAUAUAUCUUUUUGAUAGGCCUUUCUAUAUUUAUAAAUUUCUACAGUCUGUUCAAUGUACUCGAAAUAGUUCAACUCAAAACGACUAUCUGCAAAUGUAUGUCUGUAAAGAAGAAUCUAAUUUAAGCAUUGAUAACAUUAACAACAACACAUAUCUUUUAUUUUCCCUUCGAAAUCGUACAAGAUAUUAUAUCUUUCAUCGUAUCGACAUCAGCAAAGUUGAGAAUGACUACCCAUCUUUAACAUUUCUGUGUGAAGAAAACAAAUGCAUACACUUAAGAUACGAAAAUAUAUUUGAUUCGUGCUUACAAAACUGCGAAAAUUUUAUCUGCCCUAAAGGAUUUGUUAAAUGUCCCAACUCAUAUUGUAUUUUUAGCACAUUUAUUGACGAUGGGGUUAAAGAUUGUCCUUUUGGAGAAGAUGAAUUUCAGGUGUAUAAUCUUUUAGGCGUAGUCAAAAUUACUUUUACAAUUGAGGAGUUUUGCGUUGACACAAGGGAUUUCAUCUACACAAGUGUUUUAAAAAAUUUUAAUUAUGUAUCUUUUAAAUGUAAUCUCCCUUGCCCAAAUCUUUAUAAGUGUAUUUCUAGUAAGAGAAUAGUAGAAAAUAAUAAGUUAGGGGAAAAUGGAAAUAUUGAAUACUUGUAUAAAAUGACCUUUAGUCUUUAUCAAGUAUCUAAUUUAAUAUAUCCACUAAGGAUGUACUCAACGAUAUCACCACCCCUUAGCAUGGUUGAAUUCUAUGGACAUGAUUGCGGAAUAGAAAAUUUCGACGACACUUUUCAAUAUUGGGAUUUUUUAGAUCUCAUUGUAUUAGAUUUAAGUUCUAAUGAGUUAAUUAGUAGUAAUCAUAUGAAAAAUAUAACAACGUUAAAUAAAUUAAAAGUGUUCAACAUUUCUCAUAACAGAAAUCUAAUUAUAAAUCAAAAUUUUGUUUUCCCCACAUCCUUAGAGAUUAUUGAUUUAUCUUAUACAAAAACUUCCUCAUUAAAAUUGAAUGUCUUUGAAAAUGUAACUUUUCUGAAACAUUUAAAUCUAAGUAAUACUUUAGUUUCUACAUUUCAAGACAUGGGAAUACCGGAAUACUUUACACUAGAAACUUUAUACAUAGAGAAAGUUGAGAUGAUAAAUAUUAAAGAAAAUUUUUUCCGAGGUCUUACUAUAAAUUCUGAGUUACGAGCUAGUAAUUAUAAACUUUGUUGUCCACAAAUAUUAAAUCUAAAUAUUUCAGCAGACAAAUGUCAUGCACCAGUAGAUGUCUUCUCUUCAUGUAAACAUCUUGUUGGUGACAUUUUGAAGAGAAUUACCAUCUGGAUCGUAGGACUUAUAACUGUAGUUGGAAAUGGUAUUGUGUUAGUUUAUAGAAUUAGAUGGAACAGAGAGAUAUUUAAAAAAGCUCAUGGACUGUUUGUAACUGGUCUGGCUGUUUCAGAUUUUAUUAUGGGCGUGUAUUUACUUUUAAUAGCUUCAGUAGAUAUUCAUUAUAAAGAUAUUUAUGUGUUAGAAGAUGUCAAAUGGAGACACAGUGUUUUGUGUCAAUUUGCAGGAUUUCUGUCAACAAUCUCAAGUGAAGUUUCUAUAUUUUUUAUUUGUUUGAUAACAAUUGAUCGAUUCUUGAAAAUUACUUUUCCUUUUGGUCAACACAAAUUUACAAAAACCGGCAAAAUAUUUUCUUUUACAUUGGUUUGGUUCCUUGGGAUUCUUUUAGCACUGCUUCCGAUGUUUUCUUUGCAAUGGGACAUUUAUUCUUCCAAUGGUUUAUGUCUUGCUUUACCGUUUAGCUUAAAUUUACAUAGGGGCUGGAUUUUUUCUUUUCUCAUUUUUGUUGUCUUCAAUUUUAUUUUGUUUACUUGUAUAGCUUUGGGACAAAUUCUAAUUUUUGUCAAUAUUUUAAAUAUAAAGAAUCAAGUUAAUAAUGCUGCAAAUGAUAGGAGACGACGAGUGCAAGAUUUGAAUAUAGCCAAACAAUUAUUCUUUGUUGUGUUGACAGAUUUCAUGUGCUGGUUUCCGGUUGGAAUACUUGGAUUUAUAAGUCUUAACGGCCACAUCUUUGACCGAGAAGUUUAUGCCUGGGUUGCUGUUCUUGUGUUGCCUAUAAACUCUGCCCUUAAUCCAAUAAUUUACACUUUUCCAGCCAUCUACCGAAAAUUUAACAUUUAUAAAUAAUAAUUUUUACAUCUAAACCCUCUAUAUCAGGGGUUCUCAACCUGUGGGUCGCGACACCCUUGAGGGUCGAUUGACCAUUUGCCAGGGGUCGCCUAAGACCAUCGAAACUAUGGAUUGUUAUUAUCUAUUCUUCUAUUGCUGUAUGUGUGUGUGUGGGGGGGGGGGUCGAGGCAGAGUGCGGGAUUGUAAAAGGGGUCGCCGAACUUAAAAGGUUGAGAACCGCUGCUCUAUAUUCUAAUUUUUGAAAUACAAGUUUCUAUGUUUACUUUUUUUCUUUUAAAUUUAAUAAAGGUUUUGUUUUUAUAAAGAUGUAAAAUACCAAGAUUGGUUUUGUAAGAAUGGUUUUCUAAUCAUUUAAACAUUCUUGUGUCAUUAAAUGUUGUAAUACUUGCUUCAAAAUCAAUAUAAUAAGGUUUGUCUUCGAGUCCGAAGAUUGAUGCAGGAAUGCAGUAUUUCCCGUGGCUACAAAGCCCCAGCUGUGACCUACAUAUUUUGCCACAUUUAUGGCAAGCAUAACCAGUUUCCGUCGGUGGUCGAUUAAGAUUUUCCUUUCGCUGUGUCCUUUUCAUUGUAUUGUCUUGUGGUCUCAGAUGUGUAUCCAUCGGCUUUUGACCUCCAGCUGUCUCGUUGCUUCAAAAUAGAUAAAGCAAAAGCUUAUCCAUCUAAUUUUAAACUAACAUUUCAUAGAACAUUACAUUGUACUAUUAUAUAUAUAUAUUUAUAUUAUAAAAUAUUUUCAAUGGUAAAAAGAUAUACAUUCAUUUAGAGGGAAAAGUUCAUUUUUAAAAAAUUCCGCCAUUGUUCUUUUAUCCAAUAAUAAUAAUAAUUCAAUUUUGUUCCGCUAAAAGUUUUUUUUAUGUAUAUAAAGUGUUUAUAUAGAUAAUAAUUGCAUUUUAUAUUGAUUUUCUUGAUUCAAAUUAAAAUAAAACAAGUGUAAAGUUUCA